AUGCCAAUUCCCAUCAAGGACACCGUAACGCGUCUCGCGACCAUAUCCAAGCUCUUAGUCCUAUCCUAUAUAAUCGACUGGAUAUUCAUCAUCGGCGUCGCCCUAAUCGGCUAUGGCUUCUACAAACAAUCCCCAAACCACCACCCCUUCAGCCUAACCGACCCAACAAUCAGCUACCCUUUCACCAAAGAAACCGUGACAACAAAAACCCUCGUCCUAGUCUGCCUCUUCGCUCCAGCAAUUAUAAUCUUAUUACUCUCAUGGCUGCUGAUCCCAGCAAAAGCCACCACCUCUAACACCUCCAACGUCUCCAACCCCGCACCUAACCCCCCCGCAGCGCAAUACAUCCGCCGCAAGUUCUGGGAAUGGAACGUCGGCUGGAUGGGCCUCGCCCUAGCCAUCGCAAGCGCCUGGUCCGCAACACAGGGUCUGAAAGUGCUAAUCGGCAAACCGCGACCCGAUCUCCUGGCCCGCUGCAAUCCAGACCUCACACGCAUUGCGGAGUUCACGGUCGGUGGGCUUGGAGAGGAACUGCGGGGUGCAGCGACGUUAGUUUCGUGGGAGAUUUGUCGCGAUAAGAGUAAUUCGUUGCAGAUUGAUGGGUUUUCCAGUUUUCCCAGUGGCCAUUCUUCCUUCUCCUUCUCCGGCCUACUCUACCUAACCCUCUGGCUCUGCUCCAAAUUCUCCAUCGCAUUCCCGUAUCUCCCACGCUACCCAGUCGAAGACCAAAAGCACGUUGACGACGAUACAUCUGUACGGAAACGCGGUGCUGCGCCGCCCGUAUAUUUAAUGCUAAUUGCGUUCGUGCCGACUGCUACGGCGUGCUUUAUUUCUGCGUCGCGCUGGUUCAAUUACAGACACCAUGGUUUUGAUAUUCUCUUCGGGUCGGCGCUCGGAAUUUUCUUCGCUUAUAUCGGGUUUAACAUGUACCAUCUUCCGAUUCGACGUGGUGCGGGCUGGGCUUGGGGGGCGCGUAGUCGGAGACGUGCUUUCCUGCGGGGUGUUGGGGUUCCUAGUUCACUGGGCACUGAUGGGUGGGCGGGUGACAGGGGGUUGGAUGGUGAUGUUGAAGGGGCGGCUGCGGUGAGGGAGAUGGGGUAUAGGAAUCAGGGACAGGGACUGGAUCGUGUUAAGCCGGACGGUGGUGAGGGUCCGGCUGCUAGGCUUGAGGCGUGA